UCUUAUAAGUCUUCAAUACCGGUUUACAGAUAAAAAUGGCAAAAUCAACAAUAUAUAUGUAUAAAUGCUGCAAGGAAUGUCAAUUAAAAACCGUUCAUAGGGAAAUUGAAAGUACCACUAGCGCCAGGAUUCAUUGAUAACGAGCCGUAGUGGAGAAAGUAAUGCCUUACUAUUUACUAUAUGGGUCAAGGUGUGUGUACUCGUAUGGAAUGAGUCACUGAUAUAUACCAGGUCGAUCGGAUUCCCACGUUACGUGAUGUUGAGCCUCGCCAACCCCCUGUAACUUUAUCGAUAUUCCGAGGAGUCUGAGAGCAAUACAAGGGAGAGAAACUCGUCGAUUCUCAAUUCUCAAGUUUUAUGAAGCCGACCCCAGGUGCAAUCUGUGUGUGCCUGGCCAGGUGAUGCCGAGGGACGGGACGUGAAGUGAAAUCAGGCGCAGGUAAUUAAGGAGCAGCGGAGCUUCAGGUCAGGUAAUAGUUUAGGCCACUGGCGAUGUUGAAUUUGAAGGCGAGGCGAGGCCUGGCCUGGCCUGGCAGAAUGGAAGAACAGAGAGCAUAAAACGGUGACAGAAGAGCUGAGGAGAAUAUACACAGUGCUGCUGGCGAAAUGGUAUUGGUGACUCUCGUAUAGAACGCGACGAGGAUGCGCCAUGCAGGAAGCCGGGCAGUGUUCGGAAUCAGGGGGCGAUCCCCGAGCAGCGAACAGAGGAGAUGGGAGGGAGGGGAAGGGAAAGACGGCCGGACAUGGACUGGCAGAGACGAGGAGGAGAGACGCCGACGCUUUUUCAAUGAGUGACGAAGAUGCACGACAAACUGCGUCUCUCCAUGUAGCAGGCGAUCAACCGCACCCGGCUCACCAAGAGCCCUGGCCACGGCCCCAGAACUGUGAAGCAGUGAAGAUAAAGGCCAACUCACUUCUCCUCCGAGGUCUCUUCAAUUCCACCUAUAACGGGUGUUCAAUUCACAACAACAACAACGACACUUUGCUCCUUUAUUCAUUCCUCAAUAUCUUUUAUCUUCUCACUCAAAAUCCUCUCUUCUUACGUAAUCAAAUCAAAAUAAUUCAACAUUUUCAAUUACUUCAAAGAUAAAUGAAAAAAAUAUUACAAUCAAGAAAUUUCCAUUAUUACGAAUAAACUAUUUUUACA